UACCACUUCACCGGAUUAGAGGCACAUCCGGGGAUGAAAAUUUAUGCUGAUUUCUCUUGAUUUCACUAAAAGCGCAGAUUGGCAUUUAAUUUAAAGGAUACAUAUAUCUUGCCCUCAUUCAUAUGCAUUAAAAUUUUGCUAACCACUGAAUGAAAUUUGUUUAAAUACCGAUAUUGCAGUGCUGAAGUUGCAAAACGGUGUUUCGGUAAAGUUAGUCAAAAGCAAUUGAUCCAGGAUGAAUGGAACGAAAGAUAGCAUUGGCUGCCUACCAGAAGAAAUGCAAGCUUACGUUUUAAGCAAAUUAGAUGGAAAAUCAGCUGCUGUUGCAAAGAGAGUCUGCAAAUUAUGGAAUGAACUAGUAACAGGUUUAGAAACAUGUAUGCAUUUUUGGUUGCGCUGUUGUCUGAAAGAAAUUCCCCCAUAUACAAUGGUGGAGUUGACGAGGCUUAUGCAGUUGUCUGGAGGAAGGGAGAACACUCUUGUUGAACUUGCAACCGAUUGGAGAACAAGUUUAGAGAGUAAACUCCCCUGGAUGUUCUGGAGAGAAGUCUAUGCAGAAUUUUCAAGGUGUAGAUACAUUAAACAUGGAGUAGAGAAAAGGAUAGAUUUGCAUUUCUUUCCAACACAUGGUGAUGUCACAUGUCUUUACGUCCAAGACAAUGUGAUCUACUCUGGUCAUGAAAGUGGUCAAGUAAUCAGCUGGAAGAACAUAGAGGAAGAUCUACACUACCACGUGCUGUACAAACAUCACAGACGAGUGACAAGUAUUGCUGGUCUAGAUAUGGUCAUGACAACCAAGGAUAUUUUGAAUGGAAUGUGUGGCAAUAAGAUUGUAAGUUCAUCAAUGGACACGACACUGAUAGUGUAUAAUCUUGAGACAGAGAAAUCAACAACGAUUCAGCAUUACAGUAAACAGGCAAACUAUGUCAGGUCAUGGGGUAAUCAUUUUGUUGCUGCUGCCAACAGAAGUCUGAUACAAGGUCAGCCUAUAUGGAGAUCAGUUGACCAAUCAAAUGCUGAGACUGAGAUAUUGUGUACACUCUACAGCCAAUCAGCUGCUGAUAUCACUGCUGUUGCAUUCUGGGAGGAUACGGUGUUAUCUGGUGAUGAGAUGGGAAACUUGUUUCUGUGGACGGGAUGUCUGGGAUGUGGACAAGAAGACAAACAGGAUAUGGCACAAGUGGCAAACAUUGGUUGUUGCAUCAAAUCCAUCUAUAUACUCGGAAAGAGGAUUGUCUGUUAUACAAGUGACGGUUUCCUUCAUGUUAGUAGAUACAAAGAGGACUAUGUUUUUGACAAAUAUGACAUGUACAAGUGUAUAUUCAAAACUCCAGAAUGUGUUGUAAUUCAUGGAUCAGUACUUGCCAUAGGAUGCAGAUCUGGCUUUGUAUAUCUGUACCACCUUCCAUCCGGCAGAGACUGGGACACACUUGAUCUAGCCACGCCUACAAGGGUCAUACAGACGUCACAUGAUCACAUCAACGCUCUAGUCAUUGGGGAUAUUGGUGAUGGACCAUUUGUUGCCAUAGCAACAGAAGACUAUUCUAUCACUAUAGUGCAAUAUAGAAGACAUGGACUAGAUUUACCUCAAAACAUGUGCAAUGGGAGUGUUAGAAAGUGAAUUUUAUUUGAGGUUGCUCUUUCUUGCCAUAAAUUUGUGCUCAUAUUUCACAGCUUUUUUUAUCUACAUAAAAAUCAUUCUAGUAUACUUCUCUGCAUUAGAUUUAGAUUUACAUGUGCCAUAUUCCACCAUGUAUAGUGUACAAGCAUUUUACUGAGGUCAUACACAUACUUUUUUCAUAGCACAUUAUACAUUGGGAGGGUGAAAGGCAUGCAGUGUUAUAUAUGUAUGCAUGUGCAUGCAUGCAUCAGUGUGUAUGUUUUAAUGAUCAGAAUGCUUGGCCUAGAAUUUUAUGGCACAUGGUCAGAUUUCAAAAACACUUUGCACAACUGUUCCGCAUAACAUGGCAAUAUGUUGCAUUCUAGGUCCAGGCACCUGAUAAUAAUGUCAAAGUUGCUUUGAAAUGGCAUUACUUAAUAUUUCUUCAUAUGUUCAUAACACUUUUAUUUGAUGAUGGGCAUUAAGUAUAGAUUAGAAAGGUGACAUGACCCUUACCCCUAGUUCAUAGGUCAAGGCCAUCCUUACUGUUAGGCUUCAGUUCAAAUUUUUGUUGUCAGAGUACCAUUACCCUAAGGAUAUGUCUGUCUGUGUCAUAUCACAUAGCAUAGCUUUCUAUGCCCAAUGGAUAGUUUAUAGUUUUUAAAUUCUCAAAAUUCUCACUAUAUUGUUCUGAUAAGUUUAGGAAUGUGUUUUAUGUUGUUACACACUGACAGGGUAUGUUUCUUUCAUUACAGUCUGUGAUAAGAAAUAUGUUGUAUGUUGAAGUUGUUCUGAGAUGUGUUCAUACAAUAUGUUCUAAAUGUGCUCAUUGCUCAUAAUGUAAAUUAAUGAUAUUCCGAAAUGUGUUCAUACAGUGUUUUUGAAAUGUGUUCCUCUUUCACAUUGUUUCCCUUUAUUGUUUUCCUUGUUUAUUGUUUUAUUUUUUGGACUUUUCUGUUUUAUUUUUAAGAUAGGUAUACACUUUAAUUGAAAAAACUUUGCAAGAAAUAAAAGUAUUUGUAAAAUGUUAUAUAUUUCUUAUGUGAACAGUUUCAUGUUAUUUCCCUGCACUCGUAUUAAAAAUGUUUUAUUUACUACCAAAAAUCUUUUAAACAGUUUUCCCCAUAGAAAUGACCUUAUUUGUCAAUUUUCUAAAUAUCAGUUACCUUUAUCAGUCAUUUUUAGGUCAUGUCUGUAGGAAUGAAACAUUUAGGAAAGUCUGUAGCAGUGGCAUUAGAUAACAAACGUUUUCUGCAGCAAUGAUCAACUUUUUGUUGUAAUGAUAUAAUCACAGCUUCUAUAGCAAUGUCCUAGCUACAGCUGUUUAUACUGAAAUAACUUAGAAACUAAACAUUUCUAGAGAAAUGGAUUCAAAACAGUAAUUUUAGCAAUAGUUGUAUUGUCCUAUUUCUGUAGCAAUAGAACAUUUACAGUCAUUGUUAGCAAUAGCCUUAUUACAGCUGUUUCUUAUGCAUUGACUUUUUUGCAACCCUUUCAUAAGCAUUGACCUUCUUACAACAACAACUUCUGAAGCAGUGAUUUUACAACAGCUUCCUAAGCAAAUUACCUUAUUACAACUGCUUCUUAAGCAAUUACCUUAUUACAACUGCUUCUUAAGCAAUUACCUUAUUACAACUGCUUCUUAAGCAAUUACCUUAUUACAACUGCUUCUUAAGCAAUUACCUUAUUACAACUGCUUCUUAAGCAAUUACCUUAUUACAACUGCUUCCUAAGCAAUUACCUUAUUACAACUGCUUCCUAAGCAAUUACCUUAUUACAACUGCUUCUUAAGCAAUUACCUUAUUACAACAUGC